GAAGUUAUUCGGCUUUUGUUGGACUUUUACCGAGGUAGUGAUGAUUCUGCGAUUGUGCUGAAGCAUAUUGAAGGGAAAGGGUUGGUUUAUAUGGAAGGAGUAGAGGGUGAUACUGCCUCCCCAGUGGCACCACUAGCCAAGUGGAGAAACGAAUUCUCAAGGGCCUUCCAGUAUUAUCUGGAUAAGUCAACACCUCUUCCAGUUCAUAGGUGGCUUGGGACCCUUGCUGUUGCAGCAGUUUAUAUCUUGCGGGUUUAUUAUCUUCGAGGGUUUUACAUCAUAUCAUACGGUCUUGGAAUUUACACCCUGAACCUGUUAAUUGGAUUUCUCUCGCCAAAGGUUGAUCCAGAGCUGGAAGGUUUGGAUGGCGCUUCAUUGCCUACAAAAGGUUCCGAUGAGUUCAGGCCAUUUAUCCGCCGUGUUCCAGAGUUCAAGUUCUGGUAUGCCAUCACAAAGGCUUUCAUUGUAGCCUUUUGCCUAACAUUCUUGUCUGUGCUCGAUGUCCCUGUUUUCUGGCCCAUCUUGCUCUGCUAUUGGAUUGUUCUGUUUGUCCUCACAAUGAAGCAUCAAAUCAUGCACAUGAUCAAAUACAAAUACGUUCCAUUUAACAUCGGGAAGCAGACAUAUGGUGGAAAAGAAUCACCUGGAAGUAGCAGAAGGCACUGAAGUUAGAACAAACAAUCAAAUAGGACUGAAUAUAGAAUAAUAGAUAUGAGACAAGUCUUUCGUUUUUGUUUCGAUUUCUAGAUUUUUGGUUAUUGAUUACAGAAGAUAUGUAGUAGGGACCCUUUAAGAGUUCUAAUUCCUGAUCAAACAUAUUGGCUUCCUGUCUGAUUCUCCAAUGAUAAAUCUGC